UUCAGUCCUGUGUCAAACUAAGUUGUUGUAGCUCCUGCCCUCUACUUUCCGACAUGUACAGACUGGUUGUCAACAUUUUUUUUUUUUUAUUACUUUUUCUUCUUCAUACCUGCACUGAGAGAUGAGAAGAGCAUAGAAUGUUCUUUCAUUGUGUUCUUUUUGGUUUUUUUUCCCCCUCUACCAAGGCUAUAUAUAUCACCCCACCAAUGGCUUCACCCUCCAACAGGAAGCUCACGGGGCUGGUUGCUGCCACAUUCACCCCUCUGACCCAUCAAGGUGAGAUCAAUCUGUCUUUGAUUGAACCAUACAUUGACUACCUGGUUGAAAAUCAGGGAGUGCACAAGGUAUUUGUGAAUGGAACAACAGGAGAGGGUCUGUCUCUCAGUGUGGAUGAGAGGAAAAGGCUGGCAGAAGAGUGGUGUAAGAAAGGCAAGAGCAAACUGCAGCAGGUGAUAGUCCAUGUGGGAUGUUUAAGUCUCAAGGACUCGCAAGAGCUAGCUCGUCAUGCUGCUGAAACGGGAGCUGAUGGAAUAGCCGUUAUUUCCCCCUCAUUCUUCAAACCCACUAGUGCAGAUGCCUUGAGACAAUUUCUUCAGGAGGUUGCAGCUGCUGCUCCACAACUUCCCUUCUACUACUACCACAUUCCAGCAAUGACUGGCCUCACCUUGCGAGCAAGUGACAUUGUGGAGGGGAUAGAGGAGACCAUUCCCUCGUUCAGAGGGUUGAAGUUCAGUAGCAGUGACCUAAUGGAUUUUGGCCAGUGUAUUUCCAAAUGUCCUUCCCACUGGUCCCAACUUUAUGGUGUGGAUGAGCAGUUGCUGGGUGCUCUGGUCAUGGGUGCCAGUGGAGCUGUUGGCAGCACUUUUAACUACCUCGGUAACAGAGUAAACAGUCUGUUAUCAGCCUUUGAUGAAGGGGACCUCAGACAGGCCAGAACCCUACAGCUCCAGAUACAAGAUAUUAUUUCGUAUGCAGUGAAGCAAGGGUUUGACUUGGCAGUAAACAAGCAGCUGAUGUGUCAAGUUUCAGGAUUGCCUUUGGGUCCACCCCGCCUGCCCUUGCUGCCUUGCCCUGGCUCAAAAGCUCAGUCCAUUGCACAGCGACUCCAGCAGGUUCUUGGCAAACAGAAGAUUUAAGGCGGGGGGGCAGGAUCAGCACACUUUUUAAAAAAUUUUUUUUAAAAUCAAAAUUAGACAUAUAAAUCACAAUUCUUUUGUGUGAUAUUGCCUCAGCAAACUGUCUCUGUACACUAAAAAGCUUUUUGAGCAUUCUUAAUCAUGCAUGCUUCAUUAUGGCAGUUUAAAUCAAAGGUGUACAAUUGCUGUCUACAAAGGCUGCAGGUUCAGAAUGCGUUUUGUAUUGUCCCUGAACAAAAAUGAUUGUUUAAAGUCUUUGGUUCAUUAUAAAAUUUAGUCAGCUGGCUUCUGAAGUGCAUUUACUGACACCCAGUAACUCUCUUUUCUCUUCAAAUGCCACAUGAUAUUAUUUUCUUUACAAUGGCUUUAAACAAAAAGUUGAGGGCUUGAGACAAGAAAAACUCAGAGAUUCUGCUUGUCUACUAAUUCUACUAUACAAACAUAUACUCUGUGUAACUUAUCUACAUAAAAGUAUGAUGUCUACUCUGUAGUCAGACACUCACUCCUACCUGGGAUGGCCUUUUCCUAGACAGUAGACAUGCUCACUUUGGUACUUAAAGCCAGUCUUUUAUUUUAUCCUUUCUAUGACUUUAUAAUAUUUUUCAUACUUCAUCUUUCUCACUUAAUAGUUUAAGUGUAGUAACUGAAUCUUCCAAGUCCAUACUAAAUAUCACACAAGUACUGUACCUUAGCAGUAUCAAAUAUCUCACAAAUAAGGGAAAUAUUUUUUGUAAGAGUAUGUAUGUUUACACACAUUUCUGAUGUUCUUCAUUUCAUAUUGUGUAGUUUUAUAUGGAAUCAAUUUAUUGGUAAUUUUUCUAAGCCAAAUGCAGUAAUCUGGAUUCCUCUAGAAGGGUCAGAUGCGCUAAGGAUAAAAACACAUUUUUAUUAAUAGUAUAACAAAAUUACUGUGAACUGUGUUUAUACAGUUUAUACAGUACUCUGACAAGACAAAUAUUUCUGAUUGCUAAACAGUUCUUUUAAAAGUCUGGUUAAACCUGUAAACACUGGAAUUCUGCAUUUGAUCUACUGAAAAUCUCUUUACAGCUCUUAAACGCACGUUGUUACACGGUCAUUGUAACUUUCACUCUGUGCUCACUUUGCUCCAGUGUGCUCUUCCAAUAGGUUAAUUAUCUCUAUUUUUCUUGGUGUCAUUCUCUUUUUGUUUUUCUUUUUCCUUCUCCUUUUUGUUUGUUGUGUCUGUCAGCAGCCCAAGUCAGAGUUGAGCAGUGAACAGUCUCAGACUGUAAAUUAAGACAAAGUGACAGCAAACAAGAAGCAUAUAGCUGUUGCAAAUAAGAUAAUAUGCAGAAUGAGUAGGUGUCCCUGUAGCAUGUGGAGUUUGUAGUCUACAGGGAAGUAAAGACAGAUGACUUGUAAGACAUCUACAUGACAUUUAACUGUGAGUAUCCACUAUUUCUUGCAGAGUGGUCAUGAAGUUCCUAUUCAGGAGUUUUUCCUUUGUUAGUAGUUUGUUUCGUUUUAUUUUUCAUUUGUUUCAUGGAAGAUGAUGUCUAGAAAAACACUGGAAAUGUUAAAAUUUGUGCUGAGAAUUAAGGGCAGCAUACAGACAAUUUCUAAUAAAGUUUAAUCAUCAUGCCUAGUGACUUUGUGACCAAACAUUUAGAUUAAUGAGAAUUUUUUUCCUUUCUCUGCCCUAAUGUGCAUUAACAUCAAAUAAUGUAGAUUAAAUAUCUUGUAUACUUUAUAGCUCACUUCCAUGCUUUCAAACUGUAUAUAUUUGUUAUAUUUUGUACAUGUGCACCAAAUAUCCAAGCCUCUAACCACUUUUAAUAACAUUUAUAAAUUGCAAAACACCUGUUUAUAUGUGGGUCCUAGCUCAGGUAGUGUUAAGACAGCUAAUUCCAAUACUUAAUAAGGACAAUGAGAAGUCCAUAUCGGAAGAGAAGCUUUAAAAAAAACCAAUAACCAUGUUUACACUAUAAUAUUUUAAUCUUCUGCAAAGUAGUCAAAUGCUCUAUUAGAACACUGCUCAAUUAAAUACUCUACCUUAUUCUGAAAAAUAUAAUACUGUUAAGCCUUUUUACAAAUUAUGCAAACACCAAGUAAGAUGGGUUGCGUGCGCAUUUAAUAAUCUGAAAAUAGAAACCAUUUAAAAAUUUAAAUCCUCUUAAUCACUUCAAAUUUGAAAGUGCUCUAAUGUGUUCUUAUAGAAGUUUACAAGAUACCCUAUGAAUUGAAAUAGAUGAGUAGCUAGUAUGGAAUAAGUGAUAUAUUCUAUGUAGCUGGAUUGGCACAAUGCUUUGACAUGGUUGUUCCAUUCCUUCACUGAACCGCUUUAUGAAGGUUAAUCAAUAAUAAGGUCGGCUUGAACAAAAGCCAGCAUACAUGUCUAGUCUCCAGGCCACAAACUAAAAAACAUUAAUUGGAAAUCUGGCUUUUUCAGUCUGUUAAAGACUUUAAUACUGAGGAAAUAUAACCUUUUUCAGGACACUGAUCCGAAGCACAAGGGCAAAGCUGCACUAGAGUGACUUAGGAAUAAGCAAAUGAAAGUCCUUGAGUGA